GUUAGGUUAAAGCUUCGGGGAGCGCGGCGAAGUAUCUGUCACGAGGGUUGAAGAUGCCUCGCUACGAUGAUCGUUACAGCAGCAAUGACCGAUACGGUGGUGCGCGUCUCUAUGUUGGCCACCUCUCCUCUCGAACAAGGGAACGCGAUCUUGAACACCUCUUCAGCAAAUACGGAAGGUUUCUUGACCUGGAGGUUUGUGGUGAGAGAGAGGGUUCACCUUGGUGGUGUUCUGUUUGUUGUAUUGGUUGCGUGUUUUGGUGGUGAACAUGGCAACAAUCUCAAUUCUGGUGUUUUGUUCUGCCGUUGUUGGUGGUCAAGUAUUAUAGCAGCUACACCAGUAGCGUUUGUUAAAAGUAAAAUGAUGGCCUUACUGUUUCUGGCUAACCAUUUCCGCAGAAUUCGAGAUUUGGACAUGAAGCGAGACUAUGCCUUCAUUGAGUUCAGCGAUCCUAGAGAUGCGGAUGAUGCGAGGUACAGGCUGGACGGAAGAGACUUUGAUGGAAGCCGUAUCACUGUGGAGUUUGCCAGAGGGACACCUCGUGGUUCCCGUGACUUUUCCUCGAGCAGAGGCCCUCCUCCCCCAGGGAGUGGUCGUUGCUUCAACUGUGGUCUUGAAGGACACUGGGCUCGUGAUUGCUCUGCUGGUGACUGGAAGAACAAAUGUUAUCGAUGUGGAGAUAGGGGUCACAUUGAGAGGAACUGCAAGAACAGUCCUAAGAAGCUCAGGCGGGACGCAAGUUACUCAAGAUCGCCGGUUAGGUCUCGGUCUAGGUCUCCUCCUCGUCGCAGAAGAAGAAGCCCCAGCAGAAGCUAUAGCCGUGACCGUAGCUACAGUCGCUCCAGAUCACCGGUUAGGAAGGAAACGGAUCGUAGCCCUGAAGCUGCAAGGAGCAGAAGCCCUGAACUAAUGGUGGACAACUCUCCUCCAAAAGAUAGGAAGCGAAGUUUGACUCCUGAAGAAGGCAGUCCAAUGCGUGAGAAGAACAGUCCCAAGGAGAAUGAAUUGAGCCCGAGAGGAAACGAUGGUGGAGGUAUUGGAACCAAUGAGCAAGACGGAAGCCCUAGUCCUAGAGAAGACCGUAACCCUGUGGAGGAUGAUGACCAGUGAAGAGUGGGGAAACAAACGUUGGUGAUUGCUUAAGAGUGUCCUCAAAAGACUUUUAAUGGUUUUAGACAACUGUAAUGGAUUCUGUUAUUUCUCCUGAAUGUUUGGAGGCUUGGCUUUGUAGUUCUGACUCUUUCAUUUUUCUGAAAUCUUAUCUGAUUCUCAGUUA